GAGUGAUCAUAUAUCAUCACCUGGUAACUGAUAAAUAUAAAGGAGUUGUAGUUGGCGGAUAAAACUAUAGCGACGUUUGUCUAGCCCUUGAGAAAAUUGAAAUAUCCCGCCAACUCUAAACCCCUUAACUAUUGGCUACUGACAAACCACAGCAAAUUCUAACUUUAAGAUUAUCAGCCAAACCAAUACUAUUUCUUCAGCCCUUUUACAUAUAAUCUCAUAAACCAAUCGCACCAAGUCAACUCACCCUUAAUUUUAACUCGGUGAAGAUUUCGAGGUUCACUAGCUUCUAGAUUAUAAUGUUCAAGACACCAUAUAUACCUCGGAGACUCCGAAUGCAUCACUUAUCCUUAAUCCAAUUUUAUUGUCCCCUUCAUUUCAUACUCGCUCUCUCUUCUUUAUCUAAUUGCUUAAUCAUGGAAGAUUGCAAACCUCCAUCAUCAUUGUUGUCAUCAAAGAAGCCCAAAAAGUGUACUCCAGAAGGUCCAUACAGGUUGCUAUAUUGUUCAAGUAAGGGGGAUAGAGCAGGGGUGAUGCUGGAGUUAGAGAAAGGCGUGGAGCCGGAUCUUGGCGACUAUGAUAAGAGAACAGCUCUUCAUUUGGCCUCAUGUGAAGGCUGCACCGAAAUUGUUGUUCUACUUCUCCAGAAAGGUGCCGAUGUUAACUGCAAAGAUCGUUGGGGUCGCACUCCAUUGUCGGAUGCACGUAGCUUUGGUCAUGAUGGGAUUUGCAAGAUAUUGGAGGAUAGGGGUGGAAUAGAUCCGGUGGGGCUUGACUCUCAUCUUCCUUGCUAUGUAAUUUCUUAUAAAGAGGUGAACAUGGACGAGGCAACACUUAUUGGAGAGGGAGCAUAUGGUGAAAUUUAUUUAGUAAAGUGGCGCGGCACUGAAGUUGCUGCUAAAACAAUCCGUCCUUCCAUCGCUUCUAAACCCACUGUGAAGGAUCUUUUUCUUAAAGAACUUGCUUUGUGGCAACGGUUGCGACACCCUAACAUAGUGCAAUUCCUUGGGGUCAUGAAGCACCCUGAUCGCUUGAUCUUCCUUACUGAGUUUCUUUGCAAUGGAAGUUUACAUGAUAUAUUGAAAAAGAAAGGAAGACUUGAUCUGCAAACAGUUAUUGGUUAUGCUUUAGAUAUUGCCAGAGGCAUGAAUUAUCUCCAUGAGCAUAAACCGCGCCCUAUAAUCCAUAGAGAUUUGACACCAAGAAAUGUGUUACAAGACGAAGCUGGACGCCUUAAGGUCACAGAUUUUGGCUUAAGCAAAAUCGCCCAGCACAAUGAUGUAUCAGGUUAUAAAAUGACAGGAAGGACAGGCUCAUAUCGGUAUAUGGCGCCAGAGGUUUAUCGCCGAGAAUCGUAUGGGAAGAGUAUCGAUAUCUUCUCAUUUGCUCUAAUAGUACAUGAGAUGUUUCUGGGAGGACCACCAAAUCUCGCAGAGGAUCCUGAACAAAUUGCAGACAAGAGAGCAUAUGAACAUUCAAGACCACCUCUCUACUCGUAUUUAUACCCAGAACGAAUUAGAUCGCUUUUAAAAAAUUGCUGGCACCCGAAUCCAGAUUGCCGACCUACAUUUAAAGAAAUCAUCUUGCACCUGGAGGAGAUUCAAGAGAAUACUCAAGUCAAGAGAAGAUUAGGGUCGCCCUGUAUUAGUAGGUGUAUCAUCUCUUAGAUGGGAUCAUAAUAAUUAUACUACUUUUUGUUCUCGUUUUGUAUAUAGGUAUUUCUUAAAAAUCUGUUGAAUAUCUUGUGUUUCAUGUAAUGUGUAAUAGAGGUCACUACAAUCUACAUCAAAUUACUUGUUUAUGUAAUGAUGCUGGAUUAAUAAUAUGACAAAAUUCAGUU